AUUGGUGGCUGGGAUGGAGAAGGGCUGGGACAACUGAGCUCUCCAUCUAUUUAAGCACAAGGGUGGGGCCCCUACAGUUACUUGCCUGGGACUAUUGCACCUUGGUGAAGAGGAGCAUUACCCUGCAGAGCAGCACCAUGUCUUGCGGACCAGUGUGCACCAACUUGGGUCUCAAGCCCGGCCAGCGCCUCACUGUCAAGGGGAAAAUCGCUCCAAGUGCCAAGAGCUUUGUGAUGAAUCUGGGGAAGGAUGCUUCCCACCUUGGGCUUCACUUCAACCCUCGUUUUGAUGCUCAUGGUGAUGUGAACACCAUCGUGUGCAACUCAAAGAAGGUGGAAGAGUGGGGUACAGAGCAGAGGGAGACUGUCUUCCCUUUCCAGAAGGGGGGCACUGCAGAGAUCACUUUCAGCAUCAACCCAAAUGAUGUGACAGUCCACCUGCCAGGCCACCAGUUCACGUUCCCUAACCGGCUUGGUCUCGCUGUCUUUGACUACUUUGAUACACAAGGAGACUUCACACUGCAGUCCCUCAGCUGGGAAUAACUUUUCUCUGACCCCUUCAUUGCAAAGAUACAGAAAUAUCAUUCAAUAAAUAACUUUUGUCUUA